UAGUACUCAAUUUGAAAGACAUAGUAUAAAUUGUAAUUUUAAUGUGAUAUGUUUUCUAAAUUCUGUCUUCAUCAAAGGAGAAAAAAAAUUGACGAUAAAAAGCAAUAAGAUCAAUAUAUCCUACUCUAACAAUAAAAUUUGUCUAAAAAUAAAAACUCGAAAUGUUAUCUUUUGUUUGUGCGUUUUUAUAUGUUUUUUUUUUUCCCUCUGGGGAAAUUUCUUGUAGAUGUUUUACUAUAUAAGGUUUUCAUUUUAUGUUUGUUUUGUAUUGCCUUCAGAUACAUGUUGGUUGCCAUGUGUUGACAAGUCAGGCAACUAUUCAUUGAAUGAUUUCAUUGUGGUUACUCAUUACAUACUUCAUUAAAGGUUAAUUUUCUGUGUUCCUACAGUUAGUCAGCUUCAAAGUACAGUAAGUCCUCUAUUUACGUCGUACCGAUUUACGUCGUUUCGGAUUAAUGUCGCUAAUGUUUGAGUACUCAUGUUUCAAUUUAAGUUGUCGCCGAUUCACAAUAACGUCGUUUACAAUGACCGUAAAUCUUUAUUUUAACCAAAACACCGUAUAUAAUUCGUUUAUAAUUCUUUGUUUCCUUCGGUAAUUAAUUUAUGCUAUGUAGCGUAAGCUACACGUUCACCGCCUUAUCUUAUCAUACAUCAUGAGGGACGCUUCCUGCUCUCCGCUGCUCUCCGCGCGGUGUUGCAAUACUACCAGCCCGCCCGCUCGGCCACCCACGUAUCUCGCACGUAGAAGUGUUAUCUACUUCCCGCAACGACACAGCAUUUUCUCCUACCCCUUUUCGUCCAACUCCUUGGCACUUCAGUAGAGGUGUAAAAGUAACUAAAAAAAGUGUACCCGUAUGUAUUCGUUACUAUAACAAUUAGUACUCGUUACUUUCGUAUCGUUACUCGUUACUUCUGAUACCGCAUAACAUGCUAUGUUAUGUAACAGCAACGAAUCGAGUCGUAUUUCGUACGCUUACAGUAUGACGUCGCGUAAAUAAUAAUAAAUCGAAUAUAAACAAUUAAAAGUAUUUGAUAAUUAACAGCUUUUGUUAACCAAGAAACAAUAAAAUCUCAUUAGAGCAGCUUUAUUAUAAUAUCUCUUUUAAGAUAAGAACAAAAAACGUGAAAAUACGCGAUAAUAAAAAACAAAAACAUACAUAUUUCUAAUUUGUAAAAAAUACUUUCUUACGUUGUUUCUGUUCCAAUCUCAAACUUUGUCUACACACACAAUACCUUUAAUAAACAGUAAAAAACUUGGAUGACGAAUUUCCAAAUUAUACUUUUCUUAAUAAACAAACAUCGUUCUUUGUAACGAAUAAGCGCGCGCAUGCGUAAAACAUACGAAAAAUGCGAGUAACGAAAUGCAUUCGUGUGUAACGUUUCGUUACUCGUUACUAGAUACCGCACCCGUUAACUCAGUAACGAAUAUAUACGGUUUGCUACAGCUCUACACUUCAGUCGCUAUGAUAUUGAGUUGGCCGGAGUUUUAAACGUGCCGUUGUUAACUUUAUCGUGAUUAAAUGCAUUUGUAGUAGGCCUACAGUAUCAGCUCACUGCAAUUUAUUAUUUUGUUCUUCAUAAGAUGUCUUCCAAACGACUAUAUAUCUGUUUUUAUAUUUCAAUCAAUAAAGGUAAUAAAGCAGCUGGUUAAAUAACCAUUCUAUAAAGCUGAGAAGUACUAGUUGGACUUGUUUCCCACACUGUCGGUUGUAAUUUGCUGAUAAAAUUGCCCGUUGUCACGUCUGUAUGCCAGCGCUUCCGGCCGACCUUGGGCCGUGGUCGGCCGGUGGCAUGAAACAUGGCUCAUUUUGCGUCGUUUCUAUUUACGUCGCGGUUUUCAGGAACGUAACCCCGACGUAAACCGAGGACUUACUGUAAUAAUGUAAAAAAAAAUUAAAAUUUGAAAUGGUGGGUGAUUUUGAAGCUUAAGAUACGCUUUCAGCUUAUUUAUAUUGUAUCUUUUCGCACCAUGUUGAACCUAGCAAUGGCAUUGUCUGAGCAGCAUGUAUUCAGGGCCGUGCAAUUUCAACGAUGAAAUGUUAGGCGUAUCGAUGGCUCAAUAUUUUUUUUUUCGACAUGCAGAUGGGGAUACUCCUUGUUUUAAAAAAAAAUGACUAUAUCCAUAGGAAUUGGAUAGAAUAUACAUUUGACUUAGAUAAUAAAAUCUUUAAAAAGUUACAGUUUGCCUGUCAAGACCAAGACAUCAAGACCGACAGGUGGAGACGAACAAGUCGAGGUCAACAAUUUUUCAAACUUUCGCUCAUACUUUCAGGAUUGACAUUUCAAACUUACAUUGACGAGUGAAAUGUGUUUAUGGUAGAAUAUAAUUCUGAGGUGUGUUUUGUUACGUGAUGAGCGUUAUGUGGAAGAAUCUGCAGGAAAAUUGUAAGUGAAGCAUAAGGAUUAUUCGUUGCACAGUUCAUAUUAUAUGCACAGGCUUUUGAACUCUGCAAGAAACAGGAAUGUGGAACAUGAAGGGCCUAUUCCAGGUUACAUUUUAUAUCAGUUUAUACUGUGAUGUAUACAAAGAAAAGUUUGAGUGACCAUUUGCUUGAUGUGCACGUCAAGACGUGGGUAUUGUUUCCAACUUGCAACCAUUUUGACCGGCUGUUGUACUCUGUAUUAUUUAGCGUAGAUGUCAAUGUAGUUAGGGACGGCAGUUAUUUUGGAAGGAUGAUUUCCAAAUAUUGAAUGCCAUCAUGUACUUUUGACUCUUGUUUGAUUUUUUUUUUUAAAUAUGCUCUUGAUGUUGUUUGUCUUUUGUAAAUUUUACUUAUAAAUGAAAAAUUUUCCAUCUGUAUAGUGAUGUCUUUGAUGUUCUAAUAAUAUUUGAAUAUUUAUA